AUGGCAUAUAAUAGGAAGAACAAUCUCUUGCUUGGCAACCUCGUGACCAAUGAGCUGCAUGAACUACCAGACCAUUGCAUCCAGCGUCCGAAAGACAGUGUUGUGAAUGAUGCACGUCUCUUCAUGAGCGUCACUGCUGUACAAUGGUUUGAAGACACUUUAUACACCGCCAGUUACGACCACACUGUCAAGCUCUGGGAUACCGCAAGAGGAAGACCUGCAUGUUACAGGAACUUGAAGCAUGACUCCAAAGUGGUUGUUAUGGCACGCUCAAAUUUUACCGAGAAUCUACUGGCUACCGGAACGCAUACCAUUGGUUACUGGGACACGGACCAAGCUCAUUAUACAGCGCUUGAAUUGCCACGGCCGAGAUCAAGAAAAGCAGUGGACAUUAAAUUGGUACCAACAUCAAUAGCAUGGGGUUCUACCUACGCAAUAAAAGAUUAUCUGCUUGCAGGUAUGUCUGAGAGAGAAGACGGGGUGGCUCAACAUGGACUUCUCGCUGCCUACCGUGUCCGGGAAUCAUCGAUCAUCCCUGAAUCUUUCUCUCCAAGCUCACAGAAUGUCUUUGAUAUUACUUGGCAUCCUGUGUUACCCAUGUUUGCAAUAGCUUGCACUGCUGGUCAGCAAGCUUGUCGCGGUACACAAUCAACUGUGAAUCUCUAUGAGCCACUAAGCCGCAAGACUCGUGUCAUGGAAUUGGAGUGUCCAGCUCUAGACAUGAAUGAAGUAUUAUUCUGUCCAUGGAACACCAACUAUAUUUCCGCUAGCUGUACGGACGGAAUUACUUAUGUUUGGGAUAGGCGGAAUCCUGAUGAAAUCCUCCACCGACUAAGGCACGGAGAUCCUUUAAACCAACUUGACGAGGAACUUGACAGGGAGCUGGCAGACACUGGCGUCAGCAUGCAGUUAUGGGGCACGGCAUCUGAUCAUUUCUACACAGGUGCUUCAGAUGGCAUGGUCAAGAAAUGGAAUAUUCUUCGUGCCCCUGAAGAUGUGCAUGUGGAAGAUGUCGCUUGUCUCGAGGAAGGGAUAAUGUGUGGCGCAACUUCACCCGACCGAACGAAUCUACUGGUCGGAGAUGUCUCUGGUGGGGUGCAUCUCCUCUCUAACAGCCCCUUUAUGCCUGACCAGUCUGCGACUUUCACAUUCAGAGAAGGCCCCAAUACCAUGGAUGAGUCCGAUUCCGAUUCCGGGGUGAAAGCGGCACGAGAAUUAAUGGCAUCAGGGCAGAUAGAACGGCAUCCUCUAUAUGGACCGGGCAAGGGGCCUUGUUAUAAAGGCCCAUUUGCUGUAUGGGCUCGACCCGCUGGAACACAGUCAGAACAAAUUGCAGUUACUGGGCUCGAGCCAAGAUAUGAGAUACGACAACUAGGUGGCAUGGCGCCUAAACACAGGAAAGGCCUGACAGCUACAGCGCGCAAGGAGGUUGAGGGACACAUCCUACUUGCUCAAAUACGGAAUAAAAAGCGUAGCGGGAACAAGAGGCGGAAUCCUGGAACAAUUGUCAAAACAGACGGCAAUUUUAUUGAUCUAUGCAAUGAGCCUGAUGAAGAGCACAAUCCUGCCCGUAAGACUCCAUCAAAGCGCAAACAUAUGAGGCCAGGAAUGGGUAUCCCUAUUAUCAGCAAAAUUGAGCCUGGAGUUAUAGAUCUUACUGGUGACUCAGAUACUGAGUGUUCCGCAAGUCUAUCAAGCUCUGUGACAUACCACGGAAAACCUCAUGUGCUGGAAGAUGAGGCGAGCAGUUCAGAAGAUGACUUCUGGUUCCCGGACAGUGGUACCAUAGACCCGAACUUUGCCGAGUGA